GUGCAUGUGAGCAGUGGUAGAAGCGGAGAGAGAGGGAUAAGCAGACUCCACACUCAACGUGGAUGGAUCCUGAUGCGGUGCUCAGUCCCACUACCCUGAGGUCAUGACCUGAACUGAAAUCAGGAGUCAGAUGCUCAACCCACUGAACCACCCAGGCGCCGCAUGAUCAUAGGACUCUUGAGAGAAGAAGUGAGGAAGUUUGCUGGAGUAAAAUGGAGGCCUCAGUAAUAUUACCCAUUCUGAAGAAAAAACUUGCAUUCCUUUCAGGAGGAAAGGACAGACGGAGUGGCCUCAUUCUGACAAUUCCAUUAUGCCUGGAACAAACAAAUAUGGAUGAGCUGAGUGUUACCUUAGACUAUCUACUCAGCAUUCCAAGUGAAAAGUGUAAGGCUAGAGGAUUUACCGUGAUUGUGGAUGGCAGAAAAUCACAGUGGAAUGUGGUGAAAACAGUAGUCUUAAUGCUACAGAACGUUGUUCCAGCUGAGGUGUCCCUUGUUUGUGUAGUGAAGCCUGAUGAAUUCUGGGAUAAGAAAGUAACACAUUUUUGUUUUUGGAAAGAAAAGGAUAGACUUGGCUUUGAGGUUAUUUUAGUGUCUGCCAAUAAAUUGACUCGUUACAUAGAACCAUGCCAGUUAACAGAAGAUUUUGGUGGGAGUCUCACCUACGAUCACAUGGACUGGUUAAAUAAGAGACUGGUUUUUGAGAAGUUUACAAAGGAAUCUACAUCCUUACUAGAUGAACUUGCUUUGAUUAACAAUGGAAGUGAUAAAGGAAAUCAGCAAGAGAAAGAAAGGUCUGUGGAUUUAAACUUUCUUCCAUCAGUUGAUCCUGAAACAGUUCUUCAGACAGGGCAUGAAUUGUUGUCCGAAUUACAGCAGCGUCGAUUUAAUGGCUCAGAUGGAGGGGUCUCAUGGUCUCCUAUGGAUGAUGAACUGCUGGCCCAGCCACAGGUUAUGAAAUUAUUAGAUUCACUGAGAGAACAGUAUACUCGCUACCAGGAAGUUUGUAGGCUACGUAGUAAGCGUACACAGUUAGAGGAGAUUCAGCAGAAGGUGAUGCAGGUUGUGAACUGGCUUGAAGGGCCUGGAUCAGAACAACUACGAGCCCAGUGGGGGAUUGGAGAUUCCAUCCGGGCCUCCCAGGCCCUGCAACAGAAGCACGAAGAGAUUGAGAGCCAGCACAGUGAAUGGUUUGCGGUGUAUGUGGAACUUAAUCAGCAAAUCGCAGCACUCUUAAAUGCUGGGGAUGAGGAAGAUCUUGUGGAACUGAAGUCACUGCAGCAACAACUUAGUGAUGUUUGCUAUCGACAGGCCAGUCAGCUGGAAUUUAGGCAAAAUCUCUUACAAGCAGCUCUUGAAUUUCAUGGUGUUGCCCAAGAUUUGUCUCAGCAGUUGGAUGGCUUAUUAGGGAUGUUGUGCGUAGAUGUAGCACCAGCUGAUGGAGCAUCGAUUCAGCAGACUUUAAAACUGCUUGAAGAGAAGCUGAAAAGUGUUGAUGUAGGAUUACAAGGUUUGCGUGAAAAAGGUCAAGGUCUUCUGGAUCAGAUCUCCAAUCAAGCAUCCUGGGCCUAUGGAAAGGAUGUAACCAUUGAAAAUAAAGAAAAUGUGGACCACAUACAAGGAGUGAUGGAAGAUAUGCAGCUUAGGAAACAAAGAUGUGAAGACAUGGUAGAUGUGCGAAGGUUAAAGAUGCUUCAGAUGGUGCAGUUGUUUAAAUGUGAAGAAGAUGCUGCCCAGGCAGUAGAAUGGCUAAGUGAACUUCUGGAUGCCCUGCUUAAGACCCACAUCAGAUUGGGUGAUGAUGCUCAGGAAACGAAAGUUUUACUGGAAAAGCAUAGAAAAUUUGUUGAUGUUGCACAGAGCACUUAUGACUAUGGAAGACAGUUGCUACAGGCCACAGUUGUGUUGUGUCAAUCUCUGCGCUGCACAUCUCGGUCAUCUGGAGACACACUUCCUCGACUGAACAGAGUAUGGAAGCAAUUUACAAUAGCGUCUGAAGAGAGAGUGCAUAGGCUGGAAAUGGCUAUUGCAUUUCACUCAAAUGCCGAAAAGAUUUUGCAAGACUGUCCAGAAGAGCCUGAAGCUAUUAAUGAUGAGGAGCAAUUUGAUGAAAUUGAAGCAGUUGGGAAAUCACUUUUGGAUAGAUUAACUGUUCCUGUAGUUUAUCCUGAUGGAACUGAACAAUAUUUUGGGAGUCCAAGUGACAUGGCUUCCACUGCAGAACACAUCAGAGACAGGAUGAAACUGGUUAGUCUCAAAAGGCAGCAGCUGAGACAUCCUGAAAUGAUGACCACAGAGAGCUAAUAGCUACCAGCUUCCCACAAAUCUGCAGUUCAUAAUCCCGCAUGUCGUUGGCAUACUACAGCAUUAGCCGCAAUACAUUAAGAUACAUUUCACAGCCAGGAUAAGCCUCAUUUCUUUCCAUUUUACAUUUCUUUCUACAUGUUAACACCUUGCAACUACCAAGGCAUCAUUAUUUAACUUGCUUUGAGACCAUAAACUCCAAGUAUCUUAAAAGAAGGAACUGUAAACAUUGCACUGAAGACUUGCUUUAAAGCUUUACCUGACCUGUCAAUUUGUAGAUGAACAACUGAUAAUAAGCUUUGAAUGGUGCUAAUAAGAGUUUAGGAAUUCUCUAUAUAAAAAAUGGUUGACCUCCCUCCCCAGGUAAUGUAGUAAAUUUAGACUAUAGUUAAAUUGUUAUUAGUAGACAGUGGUGUACUCAAAAAUUUUACUUUGUAAUUCUUCAAAAUUGAUUAUUUUUAUUGUGUCAGUAUAAAGAAAACCUUCAGAUCUUUGAUAUAUCAUAUUCAUUAAAAGACAUUUUCCUAUUUGUAUUGAUAAUGUAUUAAAAGUUGUUUGUGCUUAAUAAAAGGCUUCUUUUAAACAUCUUAUUUAAUUUGGUGGUUAUAUCCUGUUUCCAAACAUGAGUGCCUUAUUUCAAAGGGCAUUCUUAGGAUUGUGAGGAUGGUUUAAUAUUUGUUUUUUCAUGUUGGUAGCAUGUAUUUUAGCCAGGAAAUUCAUAUGUAAGCAUGUAAAUAUAAUAAAUAAGCAUGUUUAAUUAUGAAAAAUAAUUGUGAAGAGCAAUUUAGAUCUUAAAGAACUUAAAAAUAAUGGAAUACUAGUUCUAAUUGUUCUCUUCUUCAGGUUGAAAAAUAUCCAAAUUAUUAACUACCCUGAAGAUACUUUGUCUUUGGAGAGGAGGGUUGGGAAAGAAGGCAUACUUAAUUACUAAGUGUAAUCCUUUAUAUCAGAGGAAUCUUUCUGGAAUGAAAAUAGCAAUUGUUAAUAAAAUUUAAUUUCUUAUGAUAGACUAGAAACAAAAUUCUGAAGCAGUCUAAUAACAAAAAUUAUUCAACUCUUUUAGAAGUAAAAUUUAUAAAAUGUUAGUGCUUUUAAGUUUAUGUUAAGUUUAAAUGGUAAAAUACAUAUUUUUUGUGUUUUUAUUUCAGAAAAUUUUUUGAAAAAGAUUAGAAAUAAUUUUUUAGUCUGUGAUCAAUACAAAAUUAUGCAAAGAAUUGUAUGCCGGUUCCUUUUUCAUGUCCACAAAAAUGUUCAUGUAUCCUCCAAUGCAAAAAACUUCCCCUGAACCUGCUGGUUUCUCCAGCCUUCUUCCCUGCCAGACCUCUUGGAGAAAUCCAUAUCCAUUCCCCCUGCAUCCUCAUUGCUCACUGUUCAACGCCUUGCAGUCUGGUUUUACGCAGCACUUCAGUGAAACUGUUUUCAGUGGGCUCUCAAUUCCUGAAUUGAAUGAUUGUUUCUUUCGGUCUGCAUUCCUUAUCCUUCUCUGUGUCUGCAACAUUUACACCAUUGAGCAACCUUUCCUGGGUGGUGUCGCGUCCCUUAAAGAUGUCAUCCUCUGCCAUAACUGUGAGUGCAGUCACAUAACUCUUAAAGUGUAUCUACUAAAAUGCACUCUCAGAUUCUGUCUUCAGAAUGGUUCUGGAGGGAUCUCAUCCUUGGGGUUUCUGUUUUAUCCCACUGUUUUGUGUUCCAUAUCUGGUCCAAAAUUUCAGACCCAUACUUUCAACUACCUAUUUGACAUUUCAGCCUAGAUGAAGUCAUCCUAUUCACUUUUAUUCUCUCUGAGCAAUUUUGGUUAAUUUUUUUCUAGUCAAACAUGCCAGAAAAUCUGGGGGCAACACCUGAUUGCUCCCUUUUUUCUUAUGCUGCCACUGCUGAGAACAUUCUGGAAAUUCUAUAUUUGAUAUCCUCUCAGUCUUUUAGGACUUAACUUUUGAGUAUGAACUUUUGUGAUUCUUCAUUUCAGUCUUCAUAAUGGUGCUAACCACAUGCUGCAUUUGUUUAUUUUGAUGUCUGUGCCUGCUAUGUUAUAAUCUCUGUUGAGGGAAAGGAUCCUGUAGGACUCUCCUGUUUCCAGCCUUUUGCUCAUAUGUAAUAGUUGCUCACUUCCUCUGUAUGUGAUUGGUCAUAGGCAUUAGUAAUAAUCCCCCCUGUAUUGUAGUCUGAAGUGUGUUUUAAACAUAUUUCCUGAAAUUAUGACUGGUUUAUGAAUUAAUCUACUCAUAAGGAAGUCAUUUGGUAUUUUAGAUACUUAAAUAUUAGGUAAUAUAGGAAUGUAGUUACACUCAAUAUCCUGAAUUUCAGAGUACUAAGAAAGUUUUUGUUAAGACUUUGCUAGAAAGGAACUGAGCUGUAAGUAACGGGACUCUUAGUUUUAUCAUCAACUCAACUACUUUACUGUCCAGUGAGUUAAUUUUUAAUAUGCCUUAAGCUAUCCAGCCUACAGCAAGAGCAAAAUAAGGCAUCAUCUAGAAAUGUUAUUUGUAAUUUGAGGAUUUUAGAUGAAACUGAAUAUGCUUUUGACAUAAUAUUGUUGCUCUUCAUUUGUAGCUUUGCUGCUCCUUUCUGUAUGUAUAUCUGUAUGUAUACAUACAGUGAUGAUUGAAAAAGCCAACAAUGCCCUAAUGUGGUUUUUUCAUAGCAUUAUAGUUUACUUAGAAUACAUGUGAAGGAAGCAACUGCAGUCUGUUUGAAAGCAUGAGUUCUUUGUACAUCAUGAAUUAAUGUUGGCCCACAAAUAGAGAAAGGACCAUCAUUUCUAUGUGCCAUUAUUGGUAUAUGCCACAACUUUCCACAUUACUUUAGCUUAUCUCAGGGAAUUCUUGAAGUGUUAAUUGGGCUAGUUUUGUUUUGUUUCUUAUUUGUUCGUUUCGGUUUGGGGGAUUUUUUUUCUCUUGCUUUAUUACUGUAUAUUUGCUCCUCUGUAAACUCAGUUUAUAACAGUUUUAUCAUCUGUUCUUCACACGUCUGGCCCAGCAGAGUUAAGAUGCAAAGGUGGUAACUUUAUUUCAGAUAAAAUUAACUUCAUUCCCAGUCCUCAUUGUUGGCGACCUUAUUCUGCUAAGGUGACUCAUUGAUGAUGGUGAUGAAACUGCUCAGCCUGCCAGCCAGGAUGUUGAUGGCAGGUCUAGGCUUCAUUACUGUGUAGAAGAUUGGAUACUACUCUCAUUUUGUAGGCAUUUAAAUUGGCCAGUGCUCCUGAGUGUUAACUAGUAUUGAUGUGUUGUUUCAUUACCCUGUCAGUUGAAAUAUGGGGUGUGCUGUUUACUUUGUUGUUAUUGUUGGUGGCAUACUCUUUAAGGUGAACAUGACUAUUACAUUUCUGAUAGUGCUGAGCAAGCCAUACUCUCUGUUGUAAACCUGCUGUAACCAACAGCAUCAUUGUGAGAUUAGCUGAACGUAACUCACUGUAUAGUCUACAGUCAGAGAAAGAACUCAGAAUUCUCUACAACAUUGUAAGUUCCCUGCCAGAGAAAUUGGAUAUUGCUGUGUCCUCUUCCCAUCCUCACAGGACCAUAGUAAAACGCUGUGGUUCGUAAGAACUAAACAUGCUUUAGUUGCUAAAGUCCUCCACACCUUGAGCUUAUUGAAAAUGGUAUGCAAAACUAACAUCAGUAAAUAUCAUCAGUGACAAGAGUUACAUGGUUGAGCUAUCAUUGGUUAAACCCCCAAAGGAAAAAUUCCCUAAAAUUAAGAAGAUAGCCUAGAGCAUACCUGACCAGUUCAUCUAAUUAGCAAACCUACAUUGUUAACUUUCAGUUCUGAAAAUAAAAACCUUCAGUUGGAAGUGGAAAAUAUACUGGUAUGAAGGGCAACAAAUACCUUGAUGAGGCAAAAUUAAGUAUUGAUUUAACAUCUGACGUUAUGUAGCUUCAGUGUGUGCCAUGGAAAUGUCUAGGUUUAGCUAAGAAGCAUAAAUAAUGGCAAGCAUAGUAAAGAUCAUAAAAAAGCCUAAGUAAGAACUGUAGUAAAUAUAUGGAAAGAGUUUGGAGUUUGAAUCUCUGACUCAAAAUCUGGCUUUUCCAUUUACUGACAUUUGUAAAAAUUACUAAACUACUCUGGGUCUGUAAAUACAAUCAUAUUUAAAAAUGUGUUGAAAACUACAAUGUUAUCCAACGUGGAAGGAAUUAUUAUUAUAAUUAUCUUUUCAAAAUAAAAAAAUAGCAUUCUUUAAUGUCACUCUUGUCUCAGAUGAUGAGCAUGGGGUCAUGGGGAAAUGGCACUGUGCUCACCUCUCUGAGUUCCAUUUCCCUUACAUUCAGAAUUACAUACUGAAAAUACUAAGGGUGGAGUCGGUGAGCUCAUCAGUAAACAACAAGACUUAUAAAUCUGACAGAUUAACUCUUUUAUGGCAGGAUGAUAGACCAGCGAGAUGGAAGACAAGUGAGGAGUAUUAUCUACUUUGAGGGUGACAGGAUAUGACACAGUGCCAUUAAUAAAUAAGUAAAAUUCCUAUUCAGAAUGGAUCUCAGAGAGUCAGCACCAGCCGGUGAAAACAACAAAAGCACAAAACUGUUUAAAGUAUCCUAAUAAUGAGGUAACAAGCAUGAGUUGAAACCAUCAUUAGUACUAUUAUGGUUAGAGAAGAGCAGUCUUGGUAUCAGCUUGAGCAGUGACGAUAACAAAGACUGGCCCUGUAAUAGACUGCUAGAACUAGGGCUGCUCCGUGAAAUAGCAUAAAUACUGGGGAAUGUUUGAAGACUGAAAAACGUUCAUAGAUAUGAUCCUAAAUAACAUGACUACAGUAUUUUAAAGCAAACUUGAAAACUUGACAUUAGUCCAUGUGCUUCAAGAAAAGCAGAGCCUGUACUAGAACAUGAAGCACUUACAGAUCAAAGGGAAGCCAGAACUGUGAGUAAAUAUUUUGAAAGCAAUGAGUAAAGUUUUUAGACUCAAGAUUAUUUUUGUUAGAGAAUCCUUAUGAGGCGCUGUAUAUAUAUAUAUACAUAUAUAUAUAUAUAAUCACUAUAUAGUUAUAUAGAAAUUCUUAGCAAAUAACUGAAGAUAGUUACCAGCCACAAAAUAAUAAGCACAGUGUUGUUAAUGGAUUUUAAGUCGGGCAUGUGGAAAACUGCUUCUGACAAAAGGCUAUUGAAGUCUGAAGCCAGUCUUAGUGAAUCUCAAGGAGUCACCUUAGAAGUAUUUACAAGUUACGUGCCAUCACUUUAGGGAACCCCCAAAUGAGUCCCUCCUUGGAGAGACAGAGGAUAAUUCAGAUGUCCUUCCACUCAGAACAAGGGGCCUGUGCAGUAUGAUCAAACCUCACAUCGUGUUUUGGGUCUGCAUGUCUUUUUUAAUUAUAGUUGCCGUAGUUCUUUUGUAGUUUAGAAGUCAGGUAAAAAUGUCUUUGCUUAACUUUUCUGUUAAGAAUGUUUCUUCAUCUUACUCUUACAUUAGUCUACACACCAACAAAUUUGUUGAGAAUGUGUGAUCUAUAUGUGUAUUUUUUAAAAGUGUGAGGGGAUCAAAAUGUAACUGACAGAAUAGAUUUGAGAGCUGAUUGAUCACCUCACACUCAGGAAUAUCUUUUCACAAGGUCUUAAGUUUCUGAAUUGACACUGAUAGGAAGAAUUUGAUGAUUAUCUUGCCAUGAGAUCAGUAAUGUAAUUCUCAGUGGCAUUAUUUGGUAAGUGUUGCACCCUGGAAUUUUUCUCCAAACAUUUUAUAAAAAUUUUUAAACAUAUAAAAAAGUUAAAAUUUUAUAGUGUAUCAAUUACCCGGAUGCUAGUUAGCAUUAAUUAUGCUUACAUUAUCACAUAUCUGUCCAUCCAUCAAUUCAUCAAAUUGCAGGCAUCUUCACUUUUCCUACUAAUAACUUCAUCAUACAUAUCAUUAACUAGAGCUCAGUAUGGGCUUACCACAUUUUUUAUGUGAAAUUAGCAUACAAUGAAGUGCAUAAAUCUUAAAUGUGUAUCUCUUAGUUUUGGAAAAUGCAUACAGCGCUAUCAAAAUACAAAAUGUUAUCAGAAAAUUACCCUUUGGUCCUUUCUAGUCAAUCCUUGAACCCACUCCACCCUCCCAAAGGCAACCACUGUUCUUUUGUCUACCACGAAUCAAAUUUAUCUGUUCUAGAUCUUUAUGUAAAUAUAGCCACACAGCAUGUACUCUUUCUAGAAGCCUCUUCACAUACCAUGGUUUAGAAAUAUAUCCAUGUUGUUAGGUGUUUUAGUAGUUUGUUCCUUUUUAUUGCUGAUUUGUAUUCCAUUGUAUAACUAUAUUGCAGUUUACCCGUUUUCCCAUUUAUGAAUACCUGGGCUGUUUCCACCAUUAGUAGUUAUAAAUAAAGCUGCUAUGAUUAUUCUUAAUGUAAGUCUAAUGUGAAGAUAGUCUUUUAUUUCUCUUGGGUGAAUACCUAGGAUUAGAAUUUCUGUGUCAUAGGGUAGUUUUAAAAGAAACUGCUAUACCUUUUCCUAUGUGGUUAUACUGUGUCCCGGAUUUUCACUAUAUUUUGGAUGUGUAGAAAGUUGUAAACUAUUUUUAUGAUUCAUAUUUGAAAUAUUAGAAGUGGGUUUGUGAUAGAAAUGGCAUUAUUAACGGUUGGCAGUUGGUGUUUUUUGAGGAAAAAAAUACCUGUCUGCCCAAAGCAGCUCCCCAGCGGGUUUCUAUGCCUGAAAUUUUAGCAUUAGUUUCACUUUCUUGAAGGAUUAAAGCAUUUCCCAAGCAUGGUGAUCUAUUAGCUAGAAGAAACAGCACUGGUUUAUUUUACUAACUUUUGCCACCCGUUUUCAGUAGGUGAAGUAAGACCAAUUAAGCAGAAGAUUAUUUCUGUUCAAUUGGGGUAGAAAGGAUAGUCAGAAAUGUGUACUACUAGUCUGUCCUGAGUACAGCAAUGUGAGAACCAUCUGGAUGGGAAAGCCCCCCAAUUGGUGGUCAAGGAACCAGAAAACGGGGUGGGAAGAAUUCUACCUCACAGUUGUGAUAGAGGAUAGCUAUGUUUUUUGCAGGACAUUUCAGCCUUUACAAAUCAUAUAUUCUGGGUUGUCUUUUUGUUUAGUACCACCUAGCUAUAGUUACUUCACAUUCUAGUGACUUUCUUAUUCACUGUGUUUUACCCUUCCUGCCUGUUGUAUUACAUAUAGCAGUUACUUGUAUAAGCCUGUAAAAUUAUAAUCAUAUGUAUGUUUCUAAUGCUUGUUUUCAAAGAUAUUUAUGUAUGGUUCAUCCAAUCUUUCCUAUUCAGUUUUUAAGGGCUGGGAUAUUUGGCCUCUACUGUAAAUCCCUAUAAUGUUCCACACAUUGUAAAUGCAAUAAAGAUGUUAAAAACUAUUAA